CAUAUCAUUCUGUCAUCCUUCCGUCUUGCUCGUCUAUCCCCAAUAUUUUUAGGGUUUCCUCUCUCGGUAAGAAAACUGUACAACACCGAAUAUCAAUCAUGAGAACUCGAAACACAACUCCUAAAUCUACACCGACAGGUAAGAAGACUCCGCCGGCGAAGAAAUCAUCCGUGAAAACCCCAGUUCAAUCUUCUCCAGCGGCAGAUUCUACGUCGGAAACGGCGACUGUAAAAUCCGCGUCUACACCUUCUUCUAAAACCCUAGAAAUCCAGAAUUUGACGAGUUCUUCUACUGAUUCUAAGUCCGAACUUGCAGUUGAGCAAGCAAAAGCACCGGGUGAAGAUGCUGUUUUGUCUCCCCCGAGUAAAGGUCGCAAGGUGACAAAGAGAGUAGUGAAGAAGAAGGUAGUCCGAACCAAAGCUCCUGCUUCGGCUAAAGCAGGAUCUACCGCUACGGUUAAGACAGAAGAGAUUGAUGAGGGCAAGAGCGAUGAAUGUCCUCCAAAGGAUGAGGAUACAACUGAUGCAAAGGAUGUCAAUCUGUCGGAAGCAGAUGACAAUGUUACGAAGGAUGUGGAGCCAGUAAAGCAAGACGAAAUUGGUGCUGAAAAGAGUGAAGCGACAGCUGAAGAAAUCAAGAUUAAGGGUAAAGAAAAGCUCGAUGUUGAUGGAUCAGAAACAUUGACUAUAGAUGGUGCUGCAAAGUCUGCUGCCAAUGAGGAACCUAGUGAAGUGAAGCUGGAAGGCAUACAUGAAGAUCCGGUUGAAGAUCCUAAUGAUGUAGAAAAGACAGGAUCUGAAAAAGAGUUUCAAGAUAAGCCAGACAAUAUGGAUGAUGAUCAGAAGGAGAAUCUGGACAAUAAGAAGAUGCCAGAAAAUAAGGACGAUGAUAAGUUAGAGAAAAUGGAAGAAGAUAAUACUGCACAACCAAAAGGAGAUGAGGAUCCUGCUGAUGGAAUUGAGGAUUAUGGUGAGGAAGAGGGCUUUGUUGAACCUGGAGAGGAAGAUCUCCAAGAGGAUGAAGAGCCUGAUAUUGGGGAUGAGGUGAAGCCAGAAGAGGAGAACAGAGAAUUGGCUGCUGCUGCUAAGGAGCGUAAAGUUAAGAAAGAGCUUGAAAUUUUUGUUGGUGGGCUAGACCGAGAAGUUGUUGAAGACGACGUUAAGCAGACCUUUGAAAAUGUUGGAGAGGUUGUUGAAGUUAGAUUAUUGAAAGAUCCUUCCACAAAUAAGAAUAGGGGCUUUGCUUUUGUGAGGUUUGCGACUAAAGACCAAGCUAAGCGCGCUUUAUCAGAGAUGAAAAAUCCUGUUAUCCGUGGAAAGCGAUGUGGCACUGCACCUAAUGAGGAUAAUGACACUUUGUUUCUUGGUAAUGUCUGCAAUACGUGGACCAAGGAAGCAAUAAGACAAAAGCUAACAGAAUAUAGCGUUAAUGGCGUUGAGAACAUCACUCUUGUCCAAGACCCUCGUCAGGAGGGUUUAAGCCGUGGGUUUUGCUUUAUUCAAUUCUCUUGCCAUGCUGAUGCAAUGCAUGCUUACAAAAGGCUUCAAAAGCCGGAUGCCAUUUUUGGCCAUACUGAAAGGACUGCAAAGGUUGCAUUUGCUGAGCCUCUUCAAGAGCCAGAUCCUGAGGUGAUGGCUCAGGUCAAAUCUGUUUUUGUAGAUGGGCUUCCUCCGCAUUGGGAUGAGGAUCGUGUUAGGAAGCACUUCAAAAAUUAUGGGGAGAUCGAACGGAUUACACUGGCUCGCAAUAUGUCAUCGGCCAAGAGGAAGGAUUUUGGUUUUGUUGAUUUCAUGACACAUGAGGCUGCCAUCACCUGCAUAGAAGAUGUGAACCGUAAAGAGUUGGUUGAUGGCAACUCAAAGACGAAAGUAAGAGCUAGGCUUUCUAAUCCUUUGCCGAAAACUCAAGCUGUGAAGGGUGGGAUGUGUGGUGGUUUUCGCAUUGGCCGACCUACUGGCAGGGGAAUUGGCGGGCGUACAGGCCCUAUGUUGAAUCGUCCAAACUUCCCAUUUGGUAGAUCUGCACGUGGCCAGUUUCACGAACCUGCCGGACCUUAUGGACGAAGAUUUCCUUUCAGGGCUGGUUAUGGGGUAACAGGACCACCUCCUACUGGAAGGCCAAACUUUGGUGGACCUAGGGAUGUUGACCGUAGUCUUGCAAGACCUGCUCCUCCACGUAGAGAGCCAUAUCCCCUUGAUGAUGGCAACUAUUCAAGGCCUUUCAUAGGUAGACAAUAUGAUGAUGCAUACAAUUACGAUGACAGUCAUGGAUUAAAGCGACCAUAUUAUAUGACCGAACAAGAUCCUUCUUAUAUGGAACCAAGUCGAGUGCGUCCUCGAUUUGAUUAUUCUGCUUCAGGACGCGGAACCCAAUAUAGAGACAGUUAUGGAGCCGGUAGCAGUUACUACUCGAGUGGCUAUUAUGGUCCUGACUAUUCUACACGACCUCACUCAUCAUUUAAUCCUCGGGAUCGUCCCUAUGGAGGCGGCCAUGGAGGUGGCCAUGCAGGUGGUCAUGGCUAUUACUACUAGGUGUAGGAGUGUUAGUUCCAAGGUGGUGGAAGCUGCAACAUUAUGGAUUAUUUACAGGCUUGCUGUUGGAGAUCUAUUGUUUUCCUUCAUCUUACUUUUCUGCUUUCUUUCUGUCUCUUCCUCAUCUUUUUCUUCAAAACUGGCAUCCUGUUGUGGCCAUGUAGUCAAGUGUUUGUGACUUUAUCAUGUGUCGGGUUCCUUGGUCCAGUCUAGGCUUUGAUUGACCUUCUUUAAGGAUGGCCUUGAGUCGCAUAAUUAAGGAGCUGAUAGAUGAUGGCCUUGAGUGGCAGUACAAUUUGAGGAUAAUAGAUGUUCCUUGUGGUUUACAGAUAGUAUUUACUGAUAUCGUCAUUUACUGAUUCGAGGAUGUUGAAGAAUGACUUGUGGAAAAGAUUUUCUAUUUAUGAUCUUAUCUUAAUUUCGAAGAAUAGUAGCAGCCCUUUUCUUGUGCAUUUUGGGAUUUUUAUGGAAUAAAUCUCUGAUGAAUAUUAUGGCUGAAGAGUGGGUGCAAAACUUGUGUUGGUGCUUAAGUAAAUGCUUUAUGGGUUCUAGUAUCUUUUAAGUUAUUGAUUGUAUCAUCUCAAUAUCAGAUGUAUUUUGUUAUAUAAUCUCUGGUUACUGUGCCCCUUUCUGUUUCAUGGCUUUUGGGUUUCUUUGUAAUAAAUGGAAUGUAGGUUGCUUUCUUCAAAGAGAUUAUCUUUUCAUGAGAACUAAUGACCGUUUGGGUCUGCGAACCUUAUGAUUUAAUUAUGUGGUUUUCCAAGGA